AUGGGUUCACCUGUCCAUUCUGAUUUCAUUCGGGCGGAUACGUCCAAGAUUGAACCGUCCAUAACUCAUACUGUUUCCAACGGAGCUGUUUCCAUGAGCCCUGAGCUCUUUGAGAAGCUAUACCUGACUCCGAAGGUUCAUCGUGCUGGGGGCAAUAUCAAGCGGUUUGCAAAUCCAACACCCCUAGGAUUCAUUGGGCAAGUUUCGGCGACCCCUCCUUGGUGGCUUCCAGCUGAGAUUUUCUUCUUCGUUGGUCCAGUGCUUCUGAUUCUGACUUGCAUUUUUGAAUGGGUCAUGGGCAACCUUUUUCCCAUGAUGGUAUGCGGCGUGCUCGCCGUGUUUUGGUUGAGUUUUGGUAUGUUGAAGCUGCCUACAUUGAACCUUGAGGCGCCAUAUACCUCUGCGGAUAGUGGUCCUGCUGGCGCACUCUCGACCGGAUUCAACGCUGUCAUUGCGCUGUACCUGAUCGUCUGGGGGUUUACAAUUUUCACUUUCCUCAUCCUAUCAAUUAGGACGAACGUUGUCUUCGUGAUGAUCUUUGUCUCCGUCACUGUAGGUGUCUUUGUUCUCAGUGGGGCAUACUGGAAGGCUGGAGGUGCGAUUAUCUUCGUCGCAGGAGCCCUGGCACGGUAUAUGGUCAUUGUCAUGAUGGCUGUUGAGAUGCAGUAUCCUGUCUUUCUUCCUGUCGGUGAUUUGUCACACUGCUGGGAAAAGCCAGCCGGACGGGGCUUUACUACAGAUGACGAAGUGUAG